AUGAAUCCCGACUCGCCUGAUGAGCAUUCUCACAACCGAACAGCUAAGUUGGUGGCAACUGUUCUGCAAGGACAAGGUUCCGUAAAGAAUGAAAAGGUGGAGUGGAGUGGAAUCGUGUUGUCAGAGUUGAUAAGAGCUGAGAAGUUUAAAGGAGGCAUUUGUGGAGAUAAGGAUAUGAACUACUGUAGUUACUUAAACAGAGUGCGGAAGAAUUACUUGAAAAAUGAUGAAGAGCCGUUAUCAUGGAAAAUGCUCCCUGCUCAGAAGGAUCAUUUAUCUUUUGUGGUCUCCUUCAAGACUCAUUCCACCUGGGGAUACUCAGUCACCCUAACCUACCUCGUACAAAUGGAAUUGAUUGUGGAACGCGGUUGGGGUCAUUUCGACAUCAUUGGAAUCGAAGAAGUCGGAGCGUGCACCGAACACGGAACAGUCCAAAUGGAUCAAACGGAUGUUGGUGUUAAUCUAUCGGAUACAGAGCAAAAAGAUAUAUUGCAAUGGAUGAGAUUCCUUGACUACUAUGAUAAGGUGCCGGAAGGAGUGAUUUCAUCGGAUUGGCUCAUGUUUCUUGCGGGGGAUGAAGAGUUUGCUGGAAGUGUUUGUAUCGAUGAAAACCAAGUGGAACUCAAGAGAGAAGAAAUGAGGAACUGGUGGAAGAAUUUCGUUAAAAUGUAUCAUCCGCCAGCUGGAUGGAAAAACUACACAACAUCCAAUCUGAUUGGUUCGGAAGAGAAAAAACACACGUUCCGUAUCAAUAUGAUUGUCCAGAUUGGAGACAAAGAGAGUCAUCCGUUGGAGACGUUUGAUUAUAAACUUUUAUUGAAUCAUAAUCUAGGUAAAUUUGGAAAUAUUGAUCGAUUUGAAGUGAUGUGUAAACCGACGCCGAUAAGUGAGCAAGAGAAAAUGACAAAUCAUGCGAAGGCUUAUAAAGAAGUUAUAGGAAGGAGACUUCAAAAGAUUAUGAAAAGUCCUGAAAUGUGGUAUAAAUCUAUUGAUACUCUGAAAGAUCUGGCUAGUCCCAAAGGAUAUGAGAUUCUGAAUUGUGCGGGAAAACGAACUGCUCUCGAUGAGCCAAAGAUCACAACUAAUGACUUUGCAAAAGUUGAGCACAGUUUUUGGGAGGCAAACAAGGAAACGAAUGGUAGAAUGGAGGGAUAUGAUCUGGAGUCUCCAAACUCCAUCUCCAUAGGAAUCAAAGAAAAAAUAAAACUAGAGAUCUGGAUAGUCUGGACACCAUUCAAGGAGAACGAAGCGCAUGAAUCAGAGUGGAAGUUUGAUUUGGAGUGGGAUAAACGUCUUUAG